AUGACAGCUGGUCGUGGUGUGUCCCCCUCUGACUUCCGCCCAGGCCACGGUACGGGUCACCGCCAUCGGGUGCUGAAGUGGGACAAGUCCACCUUCACUCCCCAUUUCCGGAAGUUGGUUGUCCCAGAGGAGUCACCUGACAAGAAGUUCGUCUUGCUUGUUGGUGACUCCCACCUUCGGCCCAUCGCGGACGGGUUGGUGGGACUGCCGGACCGACGUCUGUCCUGUGGCGUCCUGUCUGUCCCUGGGGCGUCGGCACUUGAGUUGCGUACUGAGGUGCUGAAUGCUGUACUGCCUCGCUCACCCGCGGCAGUCUGCAUUUUGGCACCCAGUAACGACUUGAGCGCCAGCGGGACCGUCACUCAGGCAGGUGUCGCGUUUGGUAAGCUCCUGCUGACUGCCUGUUCGACCUGGCCCAACGUGUGUGUUUUGGACUUCCCUCGCCGUCUCACCGUAGACCUCGACCUGCAGGAGCUUCUAAGCCAGGAAUACCACCGUGUGGCUGCACGUAUGGGUGUCAGGUACGUCUCUGCCACCCACUACUUUCCGCUGACACAACUGGACCUGUGGUGUCCUGACGGUGUCCAUCUCAGCAAGGAGGGCGGGAUGGAGAGGCUUGCGGAGUUGCUGUGGUGGACCCUCCACCACCAGCUGGAGCCCACAGUCCCGAGGGUCCAGACGCCUCCCAGGACGUCGCCUCCUGCCAGACGUGUCGUCCCGAGGACCCAGACAUCUCCCAGGACGUCGCCUCCUGCCAGACGUGUCGUCCCGAGGACCCAGACAUCUCCCAGGACGUCGCCUCCUGCCAGACGUGUCGUCCCGAGGACCCAGAAUUCUCCCAGGACGUCGCCUCCUGCCAGACGUGUCUCACCAAAACGGGUUGUGAAGGACGUGGUCACCGCGCCACGUCCAUCCAGCCCUUUGGAGCAGACAUAUGUUCUGUCUUCACAGGUGGACGUGGGGAUGGAUUCGAUCCCGCUAAAUCCUGUGUGGUUUAGUCCGGCGAUCCUGGAUGUGAUGGAGAAGGCCGUUCCGGCCCACCUUCCCAGCGCUGUGGAGAGCGCAGCUCGUCCGGACGGCAGGAAGCAGAAGUCGACUGUGGAGCGCCGAGACAGAGGACCCUCCAAGAGGACCCGGGAGAAGCAGCAGGUGGAGGCACCAGCCGUGGAGGUGUCCUCCAAGCCAGCGCCUUGCAGUCCUAGGAGAGUGGUGGUGGAGCCUGGUGCGUCUGACCCUGCCCAGCCCCAGGAGUCCACCUUCCAGGAACGUCCCAGCCAGGAUCCUGCCGUUGGUCCGAGCCAUCGCACUCAAUCCGUGAGGGCGUCGCAUUCUCAGAAGGACGGGAGGUAUGGAACCUUUUCUCGCAAUCACCAGUGUACCUGCAUGGCUCUGACCUUUCUCGCCUACCACCAGGAGGGGGUGGAUUUUGACAUGGUCUCACUUGAUAGAGUGCUUGAACAGGGGAAUGCACUCUAUGUAGGUAUCAAAGAACAGUUGAAGGCGGACAAAAGGUUCAAAAGCAACCACUUGACCAUAGAGGAGAUGCCGAAACAGGUUUUCACCGAUUCGGAUACCUACAAUGUUCAGUUGGACAUGUCGGACUUGAGGGUUGGUUUCUUGAAGGCUGUAGACGGCAGCCCUCGAAGCAGGAGAGGACUGUGCCUUCGUGAACAGCUGAAAAGCCUCUCUCAAGGUGUCAACCUUGCGUUUCUCAUUGUCGCUCCUGAGUGCAUUGCAGUGUUCCGUGACCG